AUGUCACCCUCAGCAACUACAAUGAUUGAGAAAUCUAACUCUCAGAUCCACGCAAAUCUAAACGGAACGAAUCAAAGUCCUCAUAGUUCAAGUAUUAACACCCAUGGAAAGUUCUCUCCUACCGAAGCUUUCGUAGAUGAGCCUCUAGACAUGCUCGGCAUAGGAUUUGGUCCGGCUUCGUUAGCAAUUGCUAUUGCCCUGCAUGAUUCUGUAAGCAUGUCAAAUCCAAGAGUCCUAUUUCUUGAGAAACAGUCUGCAUUUUCCUGGCACGCUGGAAUGCAAAUCCCCGGAGCACACAUGCAGAUAUCAUUCCUAAAAGAUCUAGCUACACCCAGAAAUCCACAAUCUAAAUUCACCUUUAUAAAUUAUCUUCAUACACAAGGCAGGCUGAACCAAUUUAUCAAUCUUUCAACCUUUUAUCCAAGUCGACUCGAGUACGAGGAUUAUCUUCGGUGGUGUGCUAGUCAUUUUGAGGUCCAAGGUAUGGUCAAUUACGGGGUAGAAGUCAAAAGAAUUCAUGCCGGUCGCAAAAAUUUACAGGGCAAAGUAUCCAAUUGGGAAGUUAUAUUUCAGGACUCGAAUGGACGUACAAUGAUGCAAAAGGCCCGUCAUGUAGUCAUUGCAGUAGGAGGAAUCCCGGUACUUCCCAAGGAGCUUCUUGGUCUCCAAAAUGUAACGCACUCCUCACAAUUUGUUUCCACCAUCAAAAACCUCCAGGAAACGAAAAAGAGUCAUAAACUUCGCUUUGCCGUGGUAGGGGCUGGGCAAAGUGCUGCAGAAAUAUUUAACGAGCUCUGGUCGAGAAUGCCUGAAUCUGAUGUCCGACUUAUAAUUAAAGGAGAAAAUCUCCGAUCUUGUGAUGAUAGUCCAUUCGUUAAUGAAAUUUUUGACCCGGAUCGUGUCGAUGGUAUUUAUGCUCAACCCUCUGAAAAUCGCAGUGCCUCCUUACUUCUUGAUCGUGGCACAAACUAUGGUGUCAUUAAUCCUGCUCUCUUAAAAAACAUAUACGAAAAGCUCUAUAUACAAAAAAUAUCCCCCAAAUCGACCGUAAUUGGAAAAGCAUGCAUUUUGAAGAGCCGCACCGUUGUGCAUGCCCGUUCAGUACCGAAUAGUACAAGAAUUUUCCUCACUCUGGGAGAUACAAUGGAUAUCAAACAUAGGGAAACUCUUGAAGUGGAUCAUGUUUUUGCCGCAACUGGUUACUCUUGGGAUGCACAUGAAAGUUUGCUGGAAGAUAUUCAGCCAUACUUGGAGGAAUGUGAUAGUUGGUCUGUAAAACGAAAUUACCAGGUAAAACUAGACGCUCACAAGGUUGAUCCGGGAGCGGGGAUUUGGUUACAGGGGUGUAAUGAGAAGACUCAUGGGUUAAGUGACACUCUACUCUCUAUCCUCGCAAUUCGAGGGGGUGAAAUAGUAAAUAGCAUUUUCGGACCAUGA